UGUAGCUGACAUUGUGUAAUACGCCUGCCAUGAACGUUUACAUGUAACCAGACUUCUGCUCUAGUGAUUUGUUGAAAAUAUCAUACGUCACUCUCUCAAAGAUCGGAACCGGAGGUGGUCAUUGGAAAUAUUGCACCACGUUAGGUGUACCCAACCAUGGAGUCAACGGAUAAGAACGAAGCUAUAAAGCUCUUUGUGGGGAACCUGGCUUUGGACACCUCUCAGGAGGACCUGACACAGCUCUUUGGGCCAUACGGACAGGUGGUCACCUGCAGUGUACUCCGGCAGUUUGCCUUCAUCCAUCUCCAGGGAGAUGGUGCUGCUGAUCUAGCCAUAAGGGAACUGAAUGGACGGGAGUUCCGUGGCCGCAACCUGGUGGUUGAAGAGUCCCGCGGAAGGCCCAUGCAUUCCACCAAGGUCUUUGUGGGGAAUCUCAGUGCCAUGUGUUCUGCUGAAGACCUGCAAGAGCUCUUUCAGACCUUUGGGAAAGUUCUGGAGUGUGAUAAGGUCAAAGCGAGGCUCUCCUCCUCUGCGGGGUAUGCCUUUGUACACAUGGAGCGGAAGGAGGAUGCAGUGCAGGCUAUUGAGGCUCUCCAUGGGACCACCUUCAAAGGCCGACCGCUCUCUGUGGAGCUCUCCAAUGUGCAGCCCAGUAAUCCCACCACGACUACAGCAAAGGCCCCCAUCAUGAGUCACUAUGCCACUGAAAGCCCCUCCAUCAACCCUCAUAUGGAGCACCACCAGAGUCAGGCUGCUGUACUGGCUGCUGCCGUUGCUGCAGCUGCAGGUCUGCCUCUUCAGGUGCAGCAGAGCUUGCACAACUCUGUCUACAACACAACGAGCUUUGAUCCCACAUACGCUGCGCUAAAGGGCAUGACGGCAGCCAGCGCCACAGAUGGUACUCCAGUGAGCCCUGCGGUCUACGGUGCCCUCGCCAGCCAGGUGUACGGCUCUGUAGCGGAUCAGGUAUACGACUCUAUAGCCAACCAGGCCGCCAGCUAUCAGAAUUCAGCCACAUCGGACGCAGAAGGCUACAGUAACCAGUACGACCCCACAGCUGGAGAGGCACCAUCAGCCCAGGCUGCUGUCAACCCGGCCUAUGGUGGAGCCUCGGCCCUCUACAACGCCAGCUCAGCCUAUGGCUCCAUGGGGGGUGCAGAACCCACUGCCCAGGCCAUCUUUGAGGCAGCACGGGCCCGCUUCUUCCAGCAGGGCCAGCAGGUUCUAGCGGAGCAGCAGAUGGGGACGAAGUCAGGGGACAGGGACCGCAGCCCAGUACGCCGCUCCACUCCACUGCUGCCUGACCCUGUGCCCCAGCCCUUCCCCCAGCCACGCCCCAAACGCCGCGCCCUCCUCCCAACGCCACCCGGCCGACCAGAGGACCCUGCUGCUGAUAGAGACCCCAUUGCCAGAUGCUAUGCAGAGUACUAUCAGCAGGUCCAGCAGUACCAACAGUACCAGCAGUACCAACAACAGUACCAGCAGUACCAAUAUGGCUACCCUCCUCCAGCCCCGACCCAGAUGCCCCCCACAAUGCCCAACUACCAGAUGCCCAUGCAGGCCCCACCCCCGACGGAGGCCCACAACCUGGAAGCGCCUGCUACCUACGCCCCAGCUAGAGCGUAUGAUCCGCCUCCAUCACACAAGGAGCCCCUCCUCCGCCGCCCUGACUACUCCCACAUGCCAGAGCACCGAUAACCCUUUACAUUGCAGUGUGAAUGUGUGUGUGUGUGUGUGAAUGUGUGGGUUUUGAGUGAUGUAGUUGUGUGGUCCAAAUGUGCAUCACUGCAAGUUUGCCCAUUUAUAAUUCCCCUGUUUUGCAUCUUCUCUUUUCUAAACACAAUUCUGACUAGUUUAUUUUUCACUUUAUAGUAUGCCUGGUUUUGCUUUGAUAGUAACGCUGCCCCAUAAUGCAGUAAUCUAUAUUGUGAAGUCGUUAUGGUUUUAAGGAAGUGUAUGGUUGUGAUGUGUACUGGGGGCUCUGUAAUGACUGCUCUUCCUUACACAUCCCCGUCCCAUAAUCUGUCAAAUAUGCGAGAAUAUUAAUCCAUACCAGAGGAGUGCCUUGUUAAAAGCCUAGUUGAAAUAUAUUGUGUAAAAUAAAUGUGUAUAUUUUUGAGCGAUGAAGGAAGCACCCAAAUCGAUCCAUGCAUUUUUUAAAUCAGAGCCUUGCCUCUGUCCUCAAGGUGACUUUAGCUCAUCCAAAUUAGCCAUUAGUUCACAUACACUACAUGUCCAAAAGUAUAUGGACAGCCCUUCAAAUUAGUGGAGUCAGCUAUUUUAGCCACACUCGUUGUGGACAGGUGUAUAAAAUAGCUCACACAAUGGCUCAGUCGCGAAGUGGUAGUCAACCCAAGCUCACAGAAUAGGACCGCCGAGUGCUGAAGCGCGUAAAAAUCAUCUGUCCUCGGUUGCUACACCCACUACCGAGUUCCAAACUGCCUCAGGAAGCAACGUCAGCACAAUAACUGUUUCUUCAGGAGCUUCAUGAAAUGGGUUUCCAUGGCCGAACAGCCGCACGCAAGCAUAAGAUCACCAUGCACAAUUCCAAGCGUUGGCUUGAGUGGUGUAAUGCUCACCGCCAUUGGACUCUGGAGCAGUGGAAACACGUCUGGAGUGAUGAAUCAUGCUUCACCAUCUGGCAGUCCGACGGACAAAUCUGGGUUUGGCGGAUGCCAGGAGAACACUACCUGCUCAAAUGGUGGAGGAGGAAUAAUAGUCUGGGGCUGUUUUUCAUGGUUCCGGCUAGGUCCCUUAUUUCCAGUGACAUCUUAAAGCUACAGCAUACAAUGACAUUCUAGAUUAUUCUGUGCUUCCAACUUUGUGGCAAAAGUUUGGGGAAGGCCUUUUCUUGUUUCAGCAUGACAAAGCUCCCUGUGCACAGAGUUCCAUACAUUAAUGGUCUGUCAAGAUCGAUGUGGAAGAACUUGGCCUGCCCAGAGCCCUGACCUUAACUCAUCCCUUUGGGAUGUUGGCCUAAUCGCCCAACAUCAGUGCCCGACCUCACUAAUGUCUUGUGGCUGAAUAGAAGCAACAUCUACUGGAAAUCCUUCCCAGAAGAGUGGAGGCUGCUAUAGCAGCAAAGGGGGGACCAACUCCAUAUUAAUACCCAUGAUUUUGGAAUAAGAUGUUUGACGAGCAGGUGUCCACAUACUUUUGGCCAUGUAGUGUAUAUAGUUUAGAGCUUAAUUUUUCCAUUGGCCAGAUUUAGUUUUUUAAAUUUAUAUUGCCUUCAUCGAAGACCUUGAUAUGAAAAGUCACUGUUCCAAUAUGUUCCAGCGUAUGUAGAUCUUUGGUUAAUAAAAUGGUUAAAGGUUUUAGAGCUUGUGUUUAGAAAAAAAAAGAAGAAAAAAAUGGAAAGCAAGGGGCAAAGUAUCUUUACAUAUAGGCUAAUUUGGACAUGAGGACCAGUGUGACUGUAUGUGUGGACACUUGUGAACAUUCUAGGGGAUCAAUUUAAGCAUGAUGCCUUCACUUUUUAUAACAAUCACAGGAAUACACAUUCACACCUCAGUCAUCAAACUUUCUCUCCAUAAUGUCUGGGGCUUUGGGAGCGAGACCCAGGCGCUUUGCUGCAACAACAGUACACAUCUGCUGGAGUGAAAUGCAAAACUCCCUUUUCUCUGGCCUCUGGGAAUGUAGUCCUUCCCCACGUCUCACAUGACCUCCCGUUGGAACUGAUCAAAUGUAUCAGAUAGAAAUCCAACCAAGCGAACCACUUUAAGAUUAGACAGGCUAGCUUUAAACUCGCAUUUUCUGGGGGACUCGUUUUUUUAUUUGCAGACAGUGAUGCAUGAAUGCUUUCUAUUGUUAUACCAUGAAUACUAGCCUAGUGACUUAACUGGUUUCACCUCUGUUUGGUUUAAAUGGAAAAUGGAAAUGUGGAAAGCCCUGCUGGUGGCAAGUGCAUGCAGAGGGCUUCCUUUAAGCAUGCCUUUCAGGAUCUGAGGGUAAUCGACUGCCAUUUUGGGCCUCACCUUUUCUCCAAAGGACAAAAACUAGUGGGCUUUUCACACACAGUACUUUGUGUGGUUUGACCUUGUACAGGACAAACAUGUUCUUUUUCUUUGUUUUCUUUUGGUUUAAGUGAACUUCCUGUGCGAUCCUGAUCAUAAUAUUCUGUGAGAGUAUUUACUUCAAUUGGACCAUCAGAUUAAUGAAUUGUCUUAAAUGGAGCCAUUAGGCUGUCCAGGUUUGAUGGAAACUCAUUGGUUUCUAUUAUUCAGUAUGUAACCUAUUGAAACCUUAAGCCUCAAGCUUAAGUAAUAAAAGUAGGAGUGAUUUGGUUUGAGAAUAAAACAACAUGCGGCUGUAUUUUUUUAUAAUUUAAACUAGGAAAUGUUUUCCCUAUCGGGUUAAUUAUUAGACAUGCGAUUAAACAUGAUAUUAAAUCGUUUCCAUGUUUUUUUUCCCAAAGGAUUUACUAAUUAUUUCAACCUUUCACGUCUGAAGGGAAACACCUUAAACAAAGAUUAUCCCAUUCCUGUGAACUAUGACAAGAUCAUUUCAAACAGUUCUCAAUUGGGCUCUACCACUUGGUCUCAGCCUAGCUCUUCAUUACACCUACCUCAGAACAUGCGACAAACCUCAUGGCAAUGUUUGUUAGUUUGUCGCCGUGGGUGUCAGAAGAACAGUUGAAGGCAAUCAUAUCAUUAGAAUGACAAAUGUUUGUUGCCUUGCUGCGUCACAGUAUUUGGAUGUAGAAGUGAGCUGUAGACUACAGUUGGUUAUGGAUUGGUUUUAAUUUCUGAUAGGAAAAAAUGUAAUCGUUAUCUCAUUCUUUCUGGUUACCAUGACAACAUGCACCUGCUUAUUGCACGUAUAUUCGUUGAUAUGGCUUUCUGUGAUGUUUUAAAACUGUAGUGCAUGACAUUGUUACUGUUAUUGCUCUUCCAGCUACGUUUUCCCUUCUCGCUAAUUAUUACAGCUAAAAUGGCUCCUGGGUCCCUGGACGCCAUGUUGUGUGUGACGGGGGAAGAAAAUUAGUCGCGCAAUGCCGUGGACGCAGUCCCCACAAAGGUAAAGCCCUCUGCCCCCGACCACGCCUGCACUUCGACCAUACACUUCCCUCAUUGACCCCACUCCUCCUUCACAACGAGGCACCCCAUUUUAUUAUUUAUUUAAGGUCUGUGAUGCUGGAAGCCCAACAAACUAUCACAAGACAACUAGUUUACAAGAACCUAGGGCCUGAAUGUCAGGGCUUGUCCAAUGGGUUAGUGAGGCCACACUCCCCUCAUUGUAGUUGUAGUACUGCUACUAGUAUGGUUGAUAAGGGUAAUCCCCACAAGGCACAUACACUAUUGAGCCUUUUGCAGACCCAACUGAUCUGGGUUGACGCUAGAUGUGCCUGUAAAAUAGUCCAGUCAUGGCUCUAUCUGAGGCCAUCUUCCUUUCCGAAAUUAGACGACCCCCAUCAACAGUAGUCAUGGAUUUUUCUUAUUUUCUUUAAUUCUAUUGAUGUUUUUAAAGGAAUAAUUUUGCCAAAUUGAAAUGAAUCACACUGUAUAUUGUCAUUAAAUGAAUCUUCAAUUAAUCACAGAAAUGGGUUUUAAACCUGUACUCAAAACAGAUUUAAGAAACUUAAGUUAUUGUAAUUACGGGUGGUCAGAUUGGGGAAUGCUGGAGUUGUUGCGUAUGCUUGUGUUGUGGCAUAUUUUUCUGAGGUAUUUCCAGUGAGACAAGAUGUGCAUUCACGCUCAAAACUGAGGCGUUCCAGCUGUGCUUUGAACGGCUAAGGACGCAGUGGUACGCAAAAGGCCAGAUGAACGGAGGGAGGGAGGUAGGGCUAUCGACCUCUGUCCCACGCAUGCUGGGUGAGUAACCAAUGCACCACUGCCCCGCUCAAAUUCACCUACCUACCCCCCUCCCCCCCUUCAAUCUGCAGCACAACGCCCAAACCCUCUCACUCUGAUCCCAUAACCAGUAUAUCUACAGGCCUACAACACCGUCCCCUCGAGAACAUUCCACAGCUGCGUUAGCUUAGAAGACAUGGAUGUCAAGAGGACAACAUUCAGUAUUCUACGUUCCCUGUCUAGUUUUAAGUAAAUUGUACAUAUCCUAAUCAACCUGUUAAAUUGUCUGAUUACAAUUUUCAAACAUUGAUUGGGAACCUUAAUGUAAUCAUGUGGUUGAUGUAAGAUAUGUUAGGCUGUUUUUACACAGGCAGCCCAAUUUGGAUCUUUUGCCAAUACUUGGGCAGAAGAUCAGAAUUGGGCUGCCCGUGUAAAUGCAGCCAAACACAAAAAUUCCACCAUAUUGUUUUUGUUAAGUUUGUAUUGCUUUGUUUAUUGAGGACUUCAGUGGUCUCCCUCAAUGAAUGAGAGCUGGACUAUAUCGGCCUACGAUACACCGUGCACGGUUUCAAUCAAAGUCCCCUUACCUAUCUGUCACGUUAUAGUUUCGAAUUGGCACUAAUCAUAUCACUACUAAACAGUUUUUCUUCCAGUUUCCCAAUCUUUCAUCCAUUGGAAUUCCUGACAUUUUUACAGAGACUUGUUUGAACGCAUGUGGAUUAGGACUGAAAACUAUAUGUAAGAUCAAGCUUUAUGAGAAAUCAGGGAAAAUACUGUACAUCUGUAGAUUACUGUUAUUUGUCCAUUACAGAAAAUGAAAGACAGGUUGCUGAUUGCAGAACCAUUUAUUGAAAGAAAUAGAAAUGAAUCACCUGAUGCUUAAUUGAGAAUUUGUUUUAAUUUGUAGCUGUCAAAUUCAUUUCAAUGAAGACACGUUGUUCUUUGUAAGUCUCAAUAAAUGACAUUGAAACAA